AUGCAUCUUUAUCUGGGGCUCGCUCACGCACGCCCUCGCCCUCACCCCGCGACUCCCCACCUGCCCCGGCUCGCCCUGGCAGCUCGCCCCGCCUCCCUCGCAUCCCUGACCCUGGCAUCCCUUCAUCCCGGCCUGCUCGGGUCCGGAGUGCCGGGACGCGGCUGUGGCGGCGGUGCCGAGCUGGUGUGGGAAGCCAAGGCAGGAAAGGCGAACCCAAGUGGGUGGUGAGAGGCCAGCCGAGACCGUGGGAGCCAGGGAAGCCGGAGAGGAGCGAGACAGCGAGUGUGCGCUGCACGCUGCCCGGGCCGGGGCGGACGCGUGCGGUGGCUCCGAGUCCUCGGAGAGGCGCCCCAGCCCCUGCAGUGAGCCUGUCAGGCUGCGCCCUGGGACCCGGACACCCAGAGCCCGGAGGUCUGCGGAGAGGUACCAGAGAAAGAAGGCACCGAUUCGGAGAGUCCGCCGAGGGGAGACGCGGAGGCUGAGCGAAUGGAGGAACAAUGCCGCCUCCAGAAGCAAAGCCUUUCUUGAACCUUCGCUGGAGUGUGGAGUCUGCUUUUUGCUCUGCUCUGCCUGGGCCUUGAGGCUACUUCUGGGCUUGGUUCCGCCUCUUAGUUUGACAGGAAUUAGAAAGUUGCUCUUCUUCUCUGCAACGUUUCCUGCGAAGUGGCUUUCAGAUCUGCGUGCUGGUUCAAGUCAAGAUGUCACUUUCUAGAUUCCCCGCGAGGAGCAACUAAUAGAUUAUGCAUUGUUGGGCAAUAAACUCUCCCGGGAAGAGAGGGGUAGUACACCCAAACGUUUAAACGGGUCUCCACUGACUCCUACCUGCCUCCGCACAAUGCCUUUAAGGUGAAGAACUGGAGGUCUACCAGGAGGCGUCUAUACUGACAGCAGCUUUGUGAGUUCCUACACACCUCUGCCUCUGCCCUCUCCAUCACUACAGCCAGGCACUCUGUUCCAGGCACCAUCUGCUUGGCAAACCCCACUGUGGCUAAAUGGUGGGAGGGCACUGGUGCUUUCUUCCAUGCCGGAAGUGAUCAGCAGCCUGUUAAACUGGGCCACGGAAGGCCAGAUCCUCUCAGACAUAAGGUAGAAGACAGCUGAAGCAAAUCACCUGAUGGCAAGGUAUUCUGCUACACUGACUGGAUUCAUUUCCUAGAAAAUAUGAACUUUCAUGGCAUUGGAAUCAUGGAGUUUGUUCUGCUUUGAUAUAGAUCCACAGUUAACUGGAUUUGAUUUAUACGAGGGAAAUCUACAAUCAAUGGCCACUCUCACCACAUUGCCACUAUGGAAAGCAGAAUGGUCAAUAGGAGAUGGUCUGAUGAGUAGUGAUGACUGAGGAUGCUGCUUCAAUCUGUGUGAAGUCAAUGGGAGCUACGUGCUGUAUGAGGAACACUCUGAGCUUUCCUUAACAAGCUAACAUUUGAGAAGCUGGAGGUGCAUCCUACCACCAUUUCAUCUUUCUUAAGUGGAUACAAAUAUAUUCGCCUCACUGUACCAGAUAAUUAGACAACUAAUGUGGGACCAUGGCACUUCCCAGAUGCAUGUGGCCAAAUUAUGUUUGGAGAGCCAUGAUGGCAUGUGUGGUACACAGGGGACUGGGUGCCCCAUUGACUCUCUGUUUGUUGGGAUGUUUGCUACAGACUGUCCACGUACUCUCUCAGAAACUGGAUGAUGUGGACCCAUUGGUUACUACUAACUUUGGUAAAAUAAGAGGGAUUAAGAAAGAACUCAAUAAUGAAAUCUUGGGGCCUGUCAUUCAGUUUCUUGGAGUUCCGUAUGCUGCUCCACCAACAGGUGAACAUCGUUUUCAGCCUCCAGAACCACCGUCUCCCUGGUCUGAUGUCCGGAAUGCCACUCAGUUUGCUCCUGUAUGUCCCCAGAACAUCAUUGAUGGCAGAUUGCCUGAAGUCAUGCUUCCUGUGUGGUUCACUAAUAACUUGGAUGUGGUUUCAUCAUAUGUUCAAGACCAGAGUGAAGACUGCCUGUACUUAAACAUCUAUGUUCCAACUGAAGAUGUAAAAAGAAUAUCCAAGGAAUGUGCCAGAAAACCCGGCAAGAAAAUAUGUAGAAAAGGAGGUCCCCUUACAAAGAAACAGACAGAUGAUUUAGGUGAUAAUGACGGUGCUGAAGAUGAAGAUAUUCGGGACAGUGGGGGUCCCAAGCCAGUGAUGGUGUACAUCCAUGGUGGCUCUUACAUGGAAGGCACUGGAAAUCUAUAUGAUGGGAGUGUCUUGGCAAGCUAUGGCAAUGUGAUCGUCAUCACAGUCAACUAUCGGCUCGGGGUACUUGGCUUCUUGAGCACAGGGGAUCAGGCUGCCAAAGGAAACUACGGGCUACUUGACCUCAUCCAGGCUCUAAGAUGGACUAGCGAGAACAUUGGGUUCUUUGGUGGUGACCCCUUGCGAAUCACUGUGUUUGGAUCAGGCGCUGGGGGUUCAUGUGUCAAUCUGCUGACUUUAUCCCAUUAUUCUGAAGGUAACCGUUGGAGCAAUUCAACCAAAGGACUUUUUCAACGAGCAAUAGCUCAGAGUGGAACAGCCCUUUCCAGCUGGGCUGUUAGUUUCCAGCCUGCAAAAUAUGCUAGAAUGCUGGCCACAAAGGUUGGCUGCAAUGUGUCAGAUACGGUAGAGUUAGUGGAAUGCCUGCAGAAGAAGCCUUACAAAGAACUUGUUGAUCAAGAUGUUCAACCAGCACGAUACCACAUAGCCUUUGGACCUGUGAUCGAUGGUGAUGUAAUACCGGAUGAUCCUCAGAUACUGAUGGAACAAGGAGAGUUCCUCAACUAUGAUAUAAUGUUAGGAGUUAACCAAGGAGAAGGGUUGAAGUUUGUUGAAAAUAUAGUAGAUAGUGAUGAUGGUAUAUCAGCCAGUGAUUUUGACUUUGCUGUUUCUAAUUUUGUUGAUAAUUUAUAUGGAUAUCCUGAAGGCAAAGAUGUUUUGAGAGAAACCAUUAAAUUCAUGUAUACUGACUGGGCUGAUCGCCAUAACCCUGAAACUAGAAGGAAGACGUUGUUGGCUUUGUUUACGGACCAUCAGUGGGUAGCACCAGCUGUGGCUACAGCAGACCUUCACUCAAACUUUGGUUCACCUACAUACUUCUAUGCCUUUUAUCAUCAUUGCCAAACAGAUCAAGUUCCAGCUUGGGCUGAUGCAGCUCAUGGAGAUGAGGUUCCCUAUGUGCUGGGAAUCCCCAUGAUUGGCCCUACAGAGUUGUUUCCUUGCAAUUUCUCCAAGAAUGAUGUGAUGUUGAGUGCAGUGGUAAUGACAUAUUGGACGAAUUUUGCUAAAACAGGUGACCCAAAUCAACCAGUUCCUCAAGACACAAAAUUCAUUCAUACCAAACCCAACCGCUUUGAAGAAGUAGCAUGGACCAGAUAUUCCCAGAAAGACCAACUUUAUCUCCAUAUUGGAUUAAAACCAAGAGUCAAAGAGCAUUACAGAGCAAAUAAGGUAAAUCUCUGGUUGGAGCUGGUACCUCAUCUGCAUAAUCUCAAUGACAUUUCUCAGUAUACCUCGACAACAACUAAAGUGCCAUCGACGGACAUCACUCUCAGACCUACAAGGAAAAAUUCCACACCUGUGACAUCAGCCUUUCCCACUGCCAAACAGGAUGAUCCCAAACAACAACCCAGUCCCUUCUCAGUGGAUCAGAGGGACUACUCCACAGAGCUGAGUGUCACCAUUGCAGUGGGGGCAUCUUUGCUGUUUCUGAACAUCUUGGCCUUUGCAGCCCUGUACUACAAGAAGGAUAAGAGAAGACAUGACGUCCACCGGAGGUGCAGCCCUCAGCGCACAACCACCAAUGACCUGACCCAUGCUCCAGAAGAAGAAAUCAUGUCCCUCCAAAUGAAGCACACUGACUUGGAUCAUGAGUGUGAGUCCAUCCAUCCACACGAGGUGGUUCUUCGGACCGCCUGCCCCCCAGAUUAUACCCUAGCAAUGAGGAGGUCACCUGAUGAUGUUCCUUUAAUGACACCUAACACCAUCACAAUGAUUCCCAACACUAUACCAGGGAUUCAACCCUUACACACAUUCAACACAUUUACUGGAGGACAGAACAAUACACUGCCCCAUCCCCACCCCCACCCCCAUUCACAUUCAACAACCAGGGUAUAGCCAGAUGAGAGAGACAAACUGAUUUUUUUUCUGAUGGAGUACAGUAAAAGAUUAUUGAAGAUUCCUUGGCUUUCAACUUGGAAGACUCACUAUUUAACUAAGGAGGAAUAUUAUGUGAAUAUACAUAUCAAGAACUAUGGGGGUUUUGAAAAAUGAAUUGUAUAUAGAUAUACACACGAAUCAACUUUUAAAAAACAAAUUUCAAUUGCUUGAAGCAAUUGUUCUGAAUGAUACUUUUUCAUUCACAUUCAAGAAUUAAUUUGUUGAAGAUUUAAGUUGCAUACUGGAGUUAGGCAUGUGGAACACCAAACAGGAAAGUACUGUGUCUGAAAUACUUAAAAAAAAAAAAAAAGAAAAACAAAAAUAAAAUCAACUAUGAAUAUGCACAAGGGACACACCAAUGGAAUGUCAGAUAAUUUCCGUCAGUUUUCAUUUGGAGCCCUUUUAUUGUGUAGACCAUAUUUGCAUAAGUACACAGAGCACUGACGCUGUUAAUGGCAUAGCAAAGGCUCAUGCUGACAACUGCCAGUAAAACAAGGAAGUUUAAAGACUGGCAGGUACCACGUUACCACAUAAGUGCUGUCAGUACUAAGGCGUGGGGAUCAAGGAGACUGGAUAUUUUUAGCACGAUGUGCAUGAUAAUUUAUAUGCUUGGUGGCUGUGCUGCUGAUUAAGCCGUAAUUAAAAUUCUUCUCAUCCCAUUGGAGUUUUUAAUAGGAGCUUCCUCCAUCAAUUGGCAGAACCCAAAGAAGAUUUUAUAAGGGGCAACAGUAAUUACAAUACAAUAAUUCGCAGUAGUUUCAAUAAUAGAGGGAAUAGUUAUUAAAGUCUAUGGAGAAACUAUAGGUACAGUGGUGAAUACUCACUGAUAUGAGUCCCAGAAAAUUUCCUAUGAGUUUAAUGUUCUUUUCACUCCCAUAUAAGUAAUUUAUAGAAAUACACUCUAAUUGGACACGUGUUAGCUGUGGAUCUAUACUUUGCUGCAGGUUUCUUACUCUGAAGUUUGUCCCUUUGGUAAGGUGAAGUACCACCGUUUUUCAGGGUGUAAGGAUGCCCCAAUAGUACCGCUCUGAUUACAGUUCUCAGUUAAUUGAUUUACUCAUGUUGCAUGACAAAAUAUUUCCUACUAAUAAUUCAAUAUAAAGUUCAGUCCCUCUUCACUCUGCUUCUCUUUCUCACUGAGGUUUACUUAACUUUCCUCAUGAGUCUCAGUAGAGGACAACGUAGGUACAGAACCUAGGGGAGUCAACAGCUAGAGGGUUUGUCUUUCACACAUGUGCAAUUUCAAUGAAUUAUCUAAGACCACAGGAAACUCUGAAUCCCCUGUUGUUUACCAGUAAUAUCAGUAUACCACAGACCUUUCCAAAUGUUUGUAUAUGUAAUCAGAUGUACAUUUAUAUUAAAAAUUGAGAUGGACUUAAAGAGCACAUCCUGAUAAAUGAUCUCUCUUAUCUGUACUAUAUUUCUAUUAGACUAAAGUUAUGUGAUUUUUUUUUACCUUUUUUCAGAUGACUAGCAAUUUUGAUAGUUUGUAAGAUAACGCAAAGGACUUUCUCUGACUAACUGAAGUAACAGAAACCUUUCUUUCCAGCUACUCUUUUUCAAGAAUUGAAAGCUUAUUAUACAAAAGAAAACACUUGUAUACUACUUGAUGGGAAGGACUUUGUGUAUCUAUCUCGACCACGUCAGUGGUCCUAUGGUGAAAUAAAGAUAAUCUGGAUAAUGAUGAUUAGUCAAAUGCUAAGAGACAUGGUCUUUGCUCAUUAAAGAGCUAAAAUGUUUAUUGCUGUUUUGUCUUUUAUUUUGUUUUUCCAAAAAAGAAAUCUAAAACAAAAGAAACAAGACUGUCUCAGAGUCAUUUUUCUAGGACAGUAGGGGUUUUGAAGACACAUAGGCAACUGGAGAAAACACAACUGUGUAUUGAAAAGCAGGUCUCAUUUCAAAUGAGACCCUUGGAAUUUCAGUGCUACUAGCUUAGAAAUUCCUGGAACUCACAAAAAAA